AUGCCAUUCCCCGCACUGAAAUCCUUGGUUGUCCACGGCAUCUAUCCGUUUUCCGACGACACUUUGCUACGCGGAUCCGGAGAUUCGCUGGAAUUCCUGGACAUGUGUAUGUCGGAGAGUGACAUCGACAUGUUUAUCGAAGCCGGCAUUCUGGACGAGGGUCGGUUCAAGGCGCUGCAGACGCCAGUGAUUGACCUUAGCGAUGGGUUCAAUUUCAACUAUUCUGUUCUUCAGUCGCGUGUUGACAGUUUUGCGCCAACUCUCCGCGUCCUGGACAUUCCUGGGCGCCGCGCAGCACUGGCCGAAGCACCAGUCAGUCGGCAGCAGCAGGCGACAUCUUCGCUGAAAGACUCCUUCCCUGUAGCGAAAACGACCGGCAAAAUCCUCAUUAUCGGGCGCAGCGCCGAGCAGUCGUCGAUUCGGGCGUUCUUGCGCGAUACAGUUGAGCAGAACCGCGGGGGCAGCCUGUACAUUUCCGGAAACCCUGGGACGGGCAAGACUGCCUGCCUGCAGUCUAUUAUGAGCCAGAGCAAGGUCAAGUUCACCUCUGUGCUCGUCAACUGCGUGCCGCUGACACGCCCGACCCAAGCUUCACCUGGCGACCCGCUUGGCGCACUCGAGAACCACGUGCUCCACAACAAGCGUGCAUUCAUGGUGGUUUUGGAUGAAGUCGACAGCCUGCUGGGUGCUCGCCAGGAGACUCGCAUAUGGCGCUGGUUCGGAAUCGCCAAUGCGCUGGACCUGACCGACCGGUUUUUGCCGCGCCUGCAAGCCCGCAACUGCGAGCCAGUUCUGCUCAACUUCAAUCCAGCCGGCCUGAGCUCUGUUUCGGGGCAGGAGGCCGAGCCGAUCAUCCAAAAGGCUGCGCUCGAGUUGUGCGCGCGCAAGGUUGCUGCCACGUCCGGCGACCUGCGCAAGGCGCUGGAUGUCACGCUGAUGCACAUUGCUAAGGUGCUGACAAAUCUGAAUGGCUCGCCGAUCAUGCAGAAGCUCAAUGCCCUGAACUUCCAGCAAAAGCUCGCAAAGAAGCAGACAGCCAGCAUUGCAGUCACUGGCGUGUUCUCUGAAUAUCAGGCCAUCUGCACGCAGCUCCAGAUCCCGGCUCCUGUUACGCGCUCAGAGUUCCUGGACCUGAUCUCGAUGAUGGAGACACAGGGCGUCCUAACUAUCGAGGCAGCGCGCGGCAGGAGAGGAGCACGUCGCGUAAUGUCCAGCACGGGCGCUGCAGAUGACCGCUCGGUGCGUCUGGCUGUAGACGAAAUUGACGUGCGUCGUGCGCUGACCAGUACCGCAGCACUCAAACCUCUUUUUUGA